AGGGAGGGUCCUACUUGAAUGUGUCCAAUAGAAACUGUUUAAGGAAACGUUUCAAAACUGAAACGUUUUGUUUAGUGGAACGCGUACACUGUUUUUGGAUUGAUAUUUUAUGGUCGAUCAGACUUUAUUGACACAAUUAGCCCGUGUGUACGUUCGAUAACCAGUUUGGUUGGUAUCAUUCAGCGAUGUUUCAUCCUGUCUUGUUGAAAUAAGUUGUUUUAUAUUCGGAAAUAUUAUUGCAUAAUCACUACUCGCGAUCUAUUAUUGUAAUUUCCGUUGUAAUGGUGAAUAGAACAUACAUCAGUAUUGGAUAUGCUGCUUUUGGUAUGCUUGUUGGAUUUUCAGCCUUUUUGGUUUGGAACAUAGCAUUCAAGCAACCAUGGACGGCGACAAUGGGCGGAUUGUCAGGAGUGCUGGCGCUCUGGGCCCUUGUCACCCACAUAAUGUAUGUACAGGACUACUGGCGUACAUGGCUGAAGGGCCUCAAGUUCUUCAUCUUUGUUGGGUGUCUCUUCUCCAUGCUGGCUGUGGUGGCCUUAGUCACCUUUCUUGCCCUCGCCAUCACACAGAAACAAUCUCCGACUGACCCAGAGAGCCUGUACCUGUCGUGUGUCUGGAGCUUCCUGACUCUUAAAUGGGGCUUCCUCCUGGCCCUGUACUCACACAGAUACCGACAGGAGUUUGCUGACAUCAGCAUCCUCAGUGACUUCUGAUUCCUUGUUACUCUCCAUCGACUGGCUAUGAGAUUGUGGAGGAGGACUUUGUGAACUAGCUAUUGGUGGGAAAGUUGGUGAAAAAUAUGUUUUGAAAGUAGAGCGCACUAAGCAGCUGGAAUGGCUUGAUGAGACUUCUAUUCGGUAUAGAUACACAAUCCAGACAUGUUUUUAAUUCUCCCCCUAUUACUACACAUACAGUAAAGUUUUAUCAGUUGCCAUAGUGAUGGGGAAUAAUUAUUUUGAAGGAACUAAGCUCCUGCUUGAGAGUAUUGUUUCUUUGGAAGGGAAGAGGCAUAAAUAAGAAACAGGUCCGGGUUAUGUAUACUGUGGUAGUUCUGUCUAUGAGGGUUGAUGCUGUCCCCAAGUUCAAGGUUUUUAAGAAUUGCAUUUUAAGUUUCAGACCAAAAAAAAAUGUCAGUGUCAAAUAUGGCCCUAGUAACAAGCUGCGUCACUGUAGUUGAUGUAUUUCUUAACUGUUUUGCCUUUCGCCACUUGGGGGAGCAGGAAUAUUUGUCCAGUCUGUGCCAUGUGGGGAUAAGGGGCACAGCCACACCGGCCUGUAGGUUUAACCCAUAGCUGGGAUUUCCAACGUUUUCUCAGUGGGAGUCCUGAAUUCAUGGUCAGGCGGGAUGAGGACUUCAUAUUGCUUAGAACAAAUGUUUUGUCUAAAUGGAUGAAUAGCGGAUGCAGCGGACCAGCAAACCCAUUCCUGCCAUUGUCACAGAAAUGUAACUUUGUUGAGACGUUUAUAAUGGGGGAGCCGUGUUUGUUGACCCUUCACAUGUGCACGGACCAGAAUGAGUCCACUUUAACCGGUGUCUGUCAUCCGCGGAUCAGUUUAGACUCAUCCUAAUGGAUGUUUUACUGUCCUUGAGGAUACAAGACACUAUACUACAUAAUAAUGCACUUUAAAUUAUGUUAUUGACUCAAUUGGAAUUGCACUCUCAGUGAUGUCAUCUGUUUUUAAAGAAAAAUGAAGAUGGAUAUGAUGUAAACGAUUCCAUUGAACUCAUUCAGAUAAGGCUACUGUCUCGCUAUGUUUCUAACUCCAUAUGUUUACUUCCUUAUAUUAAUUUGGAUCAGCACUGUGUAUAUUUAUGCUUAGUAAAACACUUGUAAAAACUGAAUUUUCACUUUUUACAAGUGGUUCUUUGUUUUAAACCAUGUCUCUAUUCAUAUAGAAAUGUCUUCUAUUGUGUAAACUGUGAAAACUAGUGAGGGAGGCAAACAUUUGUUUUGCUUGGUAUGCAUUUUCUUUUCCUGAUUAUAUCAAUUUUCUGUUUGUACAUUUUUAAAUGUGAUUAUAUGCAGUUUCCUGUUAUUCAGAUAUAUUUUCUCUAUUCAAAUCAUACUUCCACAAAUGACAUAUUCCUAAUUAAACGUGAUGUCAAUAA